AGAGUGGCGCGGGCUCACCAUGGCCGAGCUGUUGCGGAGUCUGCAGGAUGACCAGCUGGUGGCCCGCUUCCAGCGCCGCUGCGGGCUCUUCCCGGCGCUGGAGGAAGGCCCCCGGGAGAACAGCGUGGGCUCUGCGGAGGGCGCGGCGCGGGACCCCGGGGCCGGGCAUCUCCCCGCCGCCAAUGGCAACGGGCAGCGGAGAGCCGGGGCCCCGCAGGCUUAUAUACAGAAGUACAUUGUAAAGAAUUAUUUCUACUACUACCUAUUCAGAUUUUCAGCUGCUUUAGGUCAAGAAGUAUUCUACAUCACCUUUCUUCCGUUCACUCAAUGGAAUAUUGAUCCUUAUUUAUCCAGAAGGCUGAUCAUCAUAUGGGUUUUGGUGAUGUAUAUUGGUCAGGUGGCCAAGGAUAUCUUGAAGUGGCCCCGCCCCUCCUCGCCUCCUGUUGUGAUACUUGAAAAGAGAAUGAUUGCUGAAUAUGGGAUGCCAUCCACCCAUGCCAUGGCAGCCACUGCCAUUUCCUUCACCUUCCUGAUCUCUACCAAGGACAGAUAUGAGUAUCCUUUUAUUUUGGGACUGAUGGUGGCUGUGGUGUUUUCUACCUUGGUGUGUCUCAGCCGACUCUACACUGGAAUGCACACAGCCCUGGAUGUGCUGGGUGGUGUCCUGAUCACUGCACUCCUCAUUGCCCUCACCUAUCCUGCCUGGACCCUCAUUGACAAUCUGGACUCGGCCAGCCCCCUCUUGCCUGUGUGUGUCAUAGUCGUGCCAUUCUUCUUGUGUUACCUUUACCCCGUUUCUGACUACUAUAGCCCAACCAGAGCAGAUACUACCACCGUUCUUGCUGCUGGGGCUGGAGUGACCAUAGGAUUCUGGAUCAACCAUUUUUUCCAGCUCGUGUCCAAGCCUACUGAAUCUCUCCCUGUUAUUCGGAACAUCCCUCCGCUCACCACUGACAUGUUAGUUUUGGGUCUGACCAAAUUUGCUGUGGGAAUUGUGUUGAUCCUCUUGGUUCGUCAAUUUGUACAGAAUCUCUCACUUCAAGUAUUAUACUCAUGGUUCAGGGUGGUGAUCAGGAACAAGGAGGCCAGGAGGAGACUGGAAAUUGAAGUGCCUUACAAGUUUGUCACCUACACAUCUGUUGGCAUCUGUGCUGCAACAUUUGUGCCAAUGUUACACAGGUUUUUGGGAUUACUGUGAGCCCCCAGACAGUUGGGAAAUAGCCCAUUGAACGCAAGAGCCAAGACAUAGGAAAGUUGGAUGUUGGAUCUAUUCAUGAGCCGGGAGGAAUUGUGGCAGUUUAGGAAAAGCCACAGCCCCACUGGCUCCUGGAGGUAGAGCAGAUUUCUUUUCAGUUAUGACCUUGCCUAGCGCUGACUCUCAUCACCAAAACUGGAACUUUGGU